UUGGGGGUGGGGUGGGAAUGGGAGAGGCGGCGGAAGGCCGGGCUCCUUCCCCAGCGGCUCGCUGUGCUCUGCCGGGAGCCUCAGGACCGAGCGCGCAGCCCCGCCUGGGGGGCGUCGCCGCCAGGCAACCGCCCCGCCCCCGCGCCGCUGGCCCUCCGCUUUCUAUUUGCACAAGCUCUCUGCGAAGGAGCUAUCGCGUCGGUUUCUGGCUGGAGACGCUGAGAGGGUCUGUUUGUGGGAGACUCCGGACUGUAGGCACUGCCAUGGCCCGUGUGCUCAGCAAGGACGCGGCGGAUAUCGAGAAUUGUGAGAAGCUAGAGAAUAAUUUUGAUGACAUCAAGCACACGACUCUUGGUGAACGAGGAGCUCUCCGAGAAGCAAUGAGAUGCCUGAAAUGUGCAGAUGCCCCCUGUCAGAAGAGCUGUCCAACUAAUCUAGAUAUCAAGUCAUUCAUCACAAGGAUUGCAAACAAGAACUAUUAUGGAGCUGCUAAAAUUAUUUUUUCUGACAACCCACUUGGUCUGACUUGUGGAAUGGUAUGUCCAACAUCUGAUCUUUGUGUAGGCGGAUGCAAUUUAUAUGCCACUGAAGAGGGACCAAUUAAUAUUGGUGGAUUGCAGCAGUUUGCUACUGAGGUGUUUAAAGCAAUGAAUAUCCCACAAAUCAGAAAUCCUUCUCUGCCUCCCCCUGAAAAAAUGCCUGAAGCCUAUUCUGCAAAGAUUGCUCUUUUUGGUGCUGGGCCUGCAAGUAUAAGUUGUGCUUCCUUUCUGGCUCGAUUAGGCUACUCUGACAUCACUAUAUUUGAAAAACAAGAAUAUGCUGGUGGUUUAAGUGCUUCUGAAAUCCCUCAGUUCCGGCUGCCAUAUGACGUGGUGAAUUUUGAGAUUGAGCUUAUGAAGGAUCUUGGAGUAAAGAUUAUUUUUGGUGUAAGUCUUUCAGUGGAUGAAAUGACUCUUAGCAUUUUGAAAGAAGAAGGCUACAAAGCUGCUUUCAUUGGAAUAGGUUUGCCAGAACCAAAUAAAGACCAUAUCUUCCAAGGCCUGACACAGGACCAGGGAUUUUACACAUCCAAAGACUUUUUGCCACUUGUAGCCAAAGGCAGUAAAGCAGGAAUGUGCGCCUGUCACUCUCCAUUGCCAUCGAUACGGGGAGCCGUGAUUGUACUCGGAGCCGGAGACACUGCCUUUGACUGUGCAACAUCCGCUUUACGUUGCGGAGCCCGCCGUGUGUUCAUCGUCUUCAGAAAAGGCUUUGUUAAUAUAAGAGCUGUCCCAGAGGAGAUGGAACUUGCUAAGGAAGAAAAAUGUGAAUUUUUGCCUUUUCUGUCCCCACGGAAAGUUAUAGUAAAAGGUGGGAGAAUUGUUGCUAUGCAAUUUGUUCGGACAGAGCAAGAUGAAACUGGAAACUGGAAUGAAGAUGAAGAUCAGAUAAUCCAUCUGAAAGCUGAUGUGGUCAUCAGUGCCUUUGGCUCAGUGCUGAGUGAUCCUAAAGUAAAGGAAGCCUUGAGUCCUAUAAACUUUAACAGAUGGGAUCUCCCAGAAGUAGACCCAGAAACUAUGCAAACCAGUGAGCCAUGGGUGUUUGCAGGUGGUGAUAUGGUUGGUGUGGCUAACACAACGGUGGAAUCAGUGAAUGACGGAAAGCAGGCUUCUUGGUACAUUCACAGAUAUAUACAGUCACAAUAUGGAGCUUCAGUUUCUGCCAAGCCUGAACUACCUCUCUUUUAUACACCAAUUGAUAUGGUGGACAUUAGUGUGGAAAUGGCUGGACUGAAGUUUACAAAUCCUUUUGGUCUUGCUAGUGCACCUCCGACUACCAGUGCAUCAAUGAUUCGACGCGCUUUUGAAGCUGGGUGGGGUUUUGCUUUGACCAAAACUUUUUCUCUUGAUAAGGACAUCGUGACUAAUGUUUCACCCAGAAUCAUCCGGGGGACCACCUCUGGCCCCAUGUAUGGCCCUGGACAGAGCUCCUUCUUGAAUAUCGAGCUCAUCAGUGAGAAAACAGCUGCAUAUUGGUGUCAAAGUGUCAGUGAACUAAAGGCUGACUUUCCAGACAAUAUUGUGAUUGCUAGCAUCAUGUGCAGUUACAACAAAAAUGACUGGAUGGAGCUCUCCAAAAAGGCUGAGUCUUCUGGAGCAGAUGCCCUGGAGUUAAAUUUAUCGUGUCCACAUGGCAUGGGAGAAAGAGGAAUGGGCCUGGCCUGCGGGCAGGAUCCAGAGCUGGUGCGGAACAUCUGUCGUUGGGUUAGGCAAGCUGUUCAGGUUCCUUUUUUUGCCAAAUUGACCCCAAAUGUCACUGAUAUUAUAAGCAUCGCAAGAGCUGCAAAAGAAGGUGGUGCAGAUGGUGUUACAGCCACCAAUACUGUCUCAGGUCUGAUGGAAUUAAAAGCUGAUGGCACACCUUGGCCGGCAGUGGGUAUUGGGAAGCGGACUACAUAUGGUGGCGUGUCAGGGACAGCAAUCAGACCCGUUGCACUGAGGGCUGUAACAACCAUUGCUCGUGCUUUGCCUGGAUUUCCCAUUUUAGCCACUGGUGGAAUUGACUCAGCUGAAAGUGGUCUCCAAUUUCUCCACAGUGGUGCUUCAGUCCUACAGGUAUGCAGUGCUAUUCAAAAUCAGGAUUUCACUGUGAUUGAAGACUACUGCACUGGCCUCAAAGCCCUGCUUUAUCUGAAAAGCAUUGAGGAACUACAAGACUGGAAUGGGCAGAGUCCAGCUACCGUGCGUCACCAGAAAGGGAAAGCGGUUCCGCAUAUUGCUGAACUCACAGGCAAGAAACUGCCAAGUUUUGGACCUUAUCUUGAGAAACGCAAGAAAAUCAUAGCAGAGAACAAGAUUAGACUGAAAGAGCAAAAUACAGCUUUCUCCCCACUUGAGAGAAACUGUUUUAUCCCCCAAAAGCCUAUCCCUGCCGUCAAGGAUGUAAUUGGAAAAGCACUGCAGUACAUUGGAACAUAUGGUGAACUUACCAAUAUAGAGCAAGUUGUGGCUUUGAUCGAUGAAGAAAUGUGUAUCAACUGUGGUAAAUGCUACAUGACGUGUAAUGACUCUGGUUACCAGGCUAUACAGUUUGACCCAGAAACCCACCUGCCCACCAUUACUGAUGCUUGCACAGGCUGUACUCUGUGUCUCAGUGUCUGCCCUAUUAUCGACUGCAUCAAAAUGGUUACCAGGACAACACCUUAUGAACCAAAAAGAGGCUUACCUUUAACCCUGAAUCCAGUGUGUUAAGGUGAUUUUUGAAACAGCCACUAUGAACUUUGAUGUCACCUACAUAAGCUGAUCUUUUCUAAUCAUAAUCAUUAUUUUUAGUUCUUUAUAAAUAAAAAAAACAUAUAUACAAUUUUAAAAUAAAUUUCUAAAUAAAAUUAUAUGAUGCCAUUGCCAACCCUAAUAACGAUCAUAAACUAUAGUAAUUCUAUUUAAAGAUAGUUGUUAAAUAAUUGUGAGGCAAUUAAUUCCGUGGCCACCAUUAGAUGUCCAUUGUGAAAAAUACUAACUUUUUGUGGCAAAUAAUGAGACAGUUUUCAAAUUGCCCUAUGCUGUGUUCUGUCUUUGCCUUCUAAUUGCAAGUGAAAUUAAGUAUUUAGGAACAAAGUACACAAUACCAUACAAGAAAAUGUUUCCAAGAAAACAUUUUAUAAUUAAAAAUUACAUUUAAUUUUAACACUAUUUCUAAGAAAAUGUAAUUACCUCCAUAAAGCAUUAAUGAAGAAAAUUAAAUAAUUUUUACAAUGGCAGGAAAAGAAAGCAUAAAAGAAGAUUUAUAAAACUUUAUUAAGGACCCUUAACUGAUAUUUCUUUUUUUCAGCUAGAUGCUUAAAGUGAGAGUAUUUAAUAACCAUUCAUGCCAUCCUGUGCUAUUCACCACUCAUGCCUGAGACAAGUGUCCAAACUCUUUGCCAAUGAAUCAACAUGACAUUCUACUUUAAAUAUUUAAUCUAUGUUCCUAACAAAAUAAGAUGUUAGGAUGGAGAUCUGGAUAAAACCACUCUUCCGAUGUGCACAGGUCAGCUUUGUUUGCUUUUAAUAGUAACCUUCAUGAUUCUAGCAGUAAAACCCAAAUUAUACAGUGGAUUGUGUGCUUAAUUAUUCAAAAUGGAAAAUAUAGUAUCAGUAAUAUAUAUUAAAUGAACAAACGAGUUUGAUUAUUCUUUACUUGGUAGUUAUGCUUAAUUUCAAAAGUAAUGGGAUAAAAAAUAUUUUUUCUGUUAUUGCUAAGUAAUAUUUUUGUAUCUAUUUUCAUAAUCAGUAAACAGUGUCAUAUAAAUGCAUUUCUCUCUUCAUGACAUAUUUUAAUAUGAAUCGCUAAGUAGUAAAUCUAUAGGUGAUAAUUUACGUCAAAUUUCUGGACAAAUGCAAGACUUAGAAAAAUAAAAUGUUUGAUUAUGUACUUUCAGAAAUGCACAUUUACCACGAAAAUCUGUAUUAUUGAAUAAUAUCAAAUAAAAUUUCAUAAAGCAUUUUAAACAA